GUCAGGAGAUGCUCAGCUGGGAAAAAGCAAAUGGAAACCAAUGCCUGCCCACCCCCCACCAAAAGCAGACUAAACCAACUAAAGCAGCAGCAAACCACCCAAGCCCGCUCUUAGUAAACUCACCUCAUCGUCGGUCUCCUUCUCCCCCUCCUUUCCCACCAACUUUCUUCGAGACUCAUCUCUACUAUCUACUACCACCUUCCCCUCCCCAGCGCAUUAUUUCUCUUUCUCCUGGUUGAUUCCUAGUCUUCGCCCGGAGUCUUUUACCACCCCCCACGUUCCACUCUUCUUACGGAUUACUCUGCUUAUCCGUCUCUACUUAUUCCCCUUUCCCGACCGUCCCGUCAUUUGUUUAUCCGACCGUCACCAUGGGUCAGCACUCCGCUAUCUGGCAAGGAUAUGUCGAUUCCAGCUUGAUGGGAUCUGGUCAAUUUGACAAGGCCGGUAUUCUGAGCCACGACCUCUCCGGCCUUGAGGCUGGCUCUCCCGGCUUCACGAUCUCCCCUCAAGAACUCCAGGGCCUUGCCGCUGCCUUCAAGAACCCCGACUCUGCUUUUGGUACCGGUAUCACCGUUGGCGGCGAGAAGUUUGUCGCCAUCAAGGCUGACGACCGCAGUCUGUACGGCAAGAAGGGCAAGGAGGGUAUCGUCGUCGUCAAGGCCGUCUCCUGCGUCAUGGUCGCCCACCACGCUGAGAACGCCCAGACCACGAAUGCCGCUACCGUGGUCGAGAACCUCGUUGACUACAUCAACAACCCCCGGUAAAUGGGUUUAAAAGCAGAAUGAAAUUGUGUUUUGUCUCGCCUUGAGCAAGGGACAGUCGGUAAUACUGGUUAUUUAAAUGUAAAUCAUCAUGGUGGUCUCCUUUUCUUGAUUGUCUUUCUCUCUCCGGUAUUCUUCGCAUCAAUUGGCAUUUAUUACCGCACGUAGAUUCAUA